AUGGAUCAAGCUCUAUAUUCUCUUGAGACAAGAUUUGAGCAAUUUCAAAAUUUAUGUUGCCACUGCUGGGAGAAGUUUUUCAAAGUUAAAGUUGAUCAAGUCAUAUUUGCGAUCAACUAUGUCAAAAGAAAGAUUGAAUGGACUAGCUAUCAUAUCCAUAGAAAGAGAACUAGUUGGGGACCUAGAUUAUGA